GCGGAGCUGCGCGACCCAGGCGGCAGCGCCGGCGCCGAAGCGGCGAGCCGCCAUGGGGCGGCAGUGGGGCCAGUGGCUGCUGCCGCUCGGCCUUCUGCAGGUGCUGGGCGGUCCCGCCGGCGGAGCGUGCCCCUGCCAGGAUCCCCGACUUUGCCACCCCGUCACGGGCACUGGCGGCUUCGAGGUCUUCGUGUUCGAUGUGGGAAAGGAAACCUGGAAAUCCUACGACUGGUCAAAAAUUACAACGGUGGCAGCUUUUGGAAAGUACGAUCCUGAGCUCAUGUGCUAUGCGCACUCUAAAGGCUCCAGGGUAGUACUGAAAGGUGAUGUGCCUCUUAACGAAAUUGUUGAUCCUGUUAAAAGAGCAGCGUGGGUAUCCCAACAGGUCGACCUUGCAAAGAAACAGUAUAUGGAUGGAAUUAACAUAGAUAUAGAACAAGAAGUUAAUGAAACCUCCCCUGAGUAUUAUGCACUAACAGAGCUUGUUAAAGAAACUACAGAUGCUUUUCAUAGAGAAAUACCAGGAUCACAGGUAACAUUUGACGUGGCUUGGUCUCCAGCAUGCAUAGAUAAAAGGUGCUACAACUACACUGGGAUUGCAGAUGCUUGUGACUUCUUAUUUGUGAUGUCCUAUGAUGAACAGAGCCAAAUCUGGACAGACUGCAUUGCAAAAGCCAAUGCUCCUUACCUGCAGACUUUAGUUGGAUAUGAAGAGUACAUUGCCAUGGGCAUUGAUCCUAAGAAGCUUGUGAUGGGUGUCCCUUGGUAUGGCUAUGACUAUGUCUGCCAAAACUUGUCUCAGGAUCAUGUUUGUUCCCUUUUCAAAGUACCUUUCCGUGGGGCACCCUGCAGUGAUGCUGCAGGGCGUCAAGUGCCCUACAGAGUGAUCAUGAAGCAGGCAAACAGUUCUCUUUCAGGGGUGCUGUGGGAUGAGGUACAGAAGUCUCCAUUUUAUGAAUACAAGGAUUCUUCUGGUCACUUCCACCAAGUAUGGUUUGAUGACCCUCGCAGCAUCUCUCUAAAAGCAGCGUAUGCGAAGAACCGAGGUUUGAGGGGCAUUGGCAUGUGGAAUGGAAACAGUCUGGACUAUUCCAGGGAAGCUGUAGCAGAACAACAAACUGAAGCAAUGUGGCAAGCCCUGACGCCAUAAGAACUACAUGAACCCUUGCCUUAAGAAGUAUGAAAAUUGGUAAUCGUUUGUUACAGCUUGUAAUAUCAUCUAUUAUGAAUUGAUACACCAUGAUUACAAAACCUUUGAGAACUAGCCAUAGUUUUUCUUGUUUCAUGUGCAAAGCUGUAUUCUCAUUCCUCAGAAAGUCCCAGGGUUGCUUUGGCAGUUUUGGUUUGUUCUUUUUUUUUUAAGACUGCUCAUGUUUUUCGGUUUCCAUAACUACCCUGAGUUGGUUCAAGCUUGAAUCCAGUGUGUAUCUGAUACCAAGUGGUGGAUUUAUAGUGGCAAUCAUUUAAUGAUCCUUUGCUGUUGCUAUCUGAUGCAGCAGAUAUUCAUUCUGGGCUCACAUGGUGUGAUCUCAGCAUUCUGACUUCCCAUCCCAACCAGUAUUUUAGCUGACUCUUGAAUGAGAUUAACCACGGAAUACUGGAGAGACAGAGUGCUGCCUAGAUGCAACGUGUGAAAUGCAACUUAGAUGCAACUGAAAAUUGUGCUUGUACUCGGUUACUCUUCUAGAGAUUAAAAUAUUUUAUAGGCUGAGUUAUGUAAUGUGAAGUAGAGGCCAAUAAGAUUUUUAUCAGACUUCUUGUUAGAAAGGAAUAUUGAAUGAACUCCAUUUUUGCUGUGUUUAUGUAUCACAUAAAUUCCUAAGUUUCAAAAGCCAAAAAUUUUGGACCUUAUUAUGAAGAGGGAAUAAUGAUAUGGAGAGCGCUUGGAUUAUGUUUUCUUCCACUUCAAGCUUCUUUACUUCCUGAAAAUGAACUCAGAUUAUUUAAUGAACUGCAUAUGUAUUUUUUUCCACACUUCUAAGACUGAUUCAGUAGCUGAUUGUUUGUUAUUAUAUGGUGGUGCUUCAGAGCUAAUAUGAGGUUGUAAUUUCUUUCUAGUUCAUGUUUUUCAUAAAACAAUUUGCCUGGAGAACUUUUGUAACUUUUAAAAACGUCUGUAGUGAUGGAAAGAUUGAUUGAUGUUUACAGGAAUCUUAAAUUUUAUUAAAUAAUUAAAGGCUGCCUUCACAAA